AUGGCGUUGUGCUGUCAUGGAUACAACCCUUCUGACUUGCCUGACUACGUCAACCCUGAUCCGCCAGGAACAUUGCCCAAGCUGUCUGAGAAGGCUUUGGAAUUCCGUCACGCUCUUGGCGACUACCUUGAAGCUUUUGCUGGUGGCAACUGUCCAACGGACUCUAAACCGAUACUGCACAGUUGGUACAAGAACGAGAAAGAAGACAGCGGCGGGAAUGAGGACACGAGCGCGGAAGCAGGACAAGAGACAGCAGCGCUCGAUCCUUCUGUACCUAGCAUUGAUCCAUGCGAGGCGUGGAUGCAUGUUGAACCAGAACUACGGAUCCUCAUCAGAACCCCUGAAAAUGAAUGGUCUGUGGAUCAAGUCGACAUGGCGAGGGACUGGAAUGACGACGUCCCUAUCCGGUAUCCGAGGACUUCAGUGGCCGAUUUGCGCGAUUUCCAGGACAAUUACCCCGAUUUCAACCCGCAGCCAUUGUUGGAAACCAUGCUCAACAAUCUGACCAUCUGGAAUCGGGUUCUAGAUACGUUCGAAGGAACAAAUUCAACAUUCUGCUAUCGAAUAGAUAUCGGAACAGGUACCAUUUUAGCAGACACGUCCACAUCCGCGAUUUUGGGCGAUGUGCAAGGAAAUCUCUCUACACCCAGUACAUCGGGGCCAUUGCAGAGUCGCUUCAUCCAACCGGACAUAGCAGGACCAUCUAAGGGCCAAGCUCUGAGAGACCCGCAUUUUCAAAUACCUUUACUGAACACAAUCCUUCUGGGCAUUCAACGCGGAACGCGGCCUGGAGUUGAGGACGGGGCGGAAGACGCACGACUCAAUCUAGAUGGGUACCGUGAUACGCGGACUUCGGGUCGCGACCAACCUUACAUUCGCGACAGAUGGGUCAUGGCACACUUCCACUUUGAUGAUAAUCGGCAAGUUUUCAUGGCCGGGGCAAAUGGGCACAGCUACAUCGCAUUCACUGCUGUCAGUUUUUACCAUGGUAAUCGCGCUAUCAACUCGAAUACACCAGGUGUUCACGGCGCUCCUGGCUGGCGUGUGGACUGGCGAGGCGCCAACAGUGGCUUGGGAAACACGGCGCGAAUCAUCAUCCGUUGCCCUCACGAUGACAGCGAACAGUCUCCCAUACGUGGGAGGACAAUAACGAGAAUGCUAGCAGGUUACGAUGUACCACGGAACGGUAAUUGGCCAGAUCGCUGGCCCGGUCUCGGACGGUUCACGACCCUACUCGACAGCCUCUGGGCUACAGGAAUCCUGAAUAUUGGAGGUCUGAACUCACUGCGGCAAGACAACCAAAUAGGCUUGACUAAUGAAUACGGUGAAAUACCUGCUGGCAUGCUUCCGUAUCCACAAUUUCGACGCCCGCUUCCCCAAAAUCAGAUGCCGCCUCAACCCAACCUACUCAUCACUCCAUAUCAUCAGAACUUCCGGAUUACAUCGUUCUGGCAAAACAGCCAUAACUUCGCUUCAGUAUAUGACUACAACAUCCCGAUACCUAGUGAAUGGCCCGGGAUUCUCACACCUCCCCCACCUCCUCCCCCUCCACCAGGAACGCCGCCUCCUCCACCCCCGCCAGGAUCACCUCCAGAUACACCGGGUCCAGGACCUCCUCAUCCGGGACCUCCCCCAGGCAUGCGGCCACCAUCGGCCGGUGGUAAUGGCUCUAUGCCUGACAUGGGUCCAGCUCAGCAGAACAUGAGUCUGGAGCAUCAAAUGGGUGACUUGAGUUUGGAAUGA